AUGGUGUUUUCACAAGAUGAGCAAGAGAGUCUUCUCUAUGAUGUAAGACUAUCUUCAGUUGGACCAGGUCGAGGUUCCGGGUCAGAUAUUUUUCACCACCCUAACGGCCUCGACCUGGCCUUGAAGCUUCAUUAUUUUAAAGUGGUUUAUUUAUUUGACUCCGAAGCUGCACAAGAUCUAAAUAUUACGAAAAUAAAAGACUCGGUGUUCAAUUUGUUCAACCAUUAUAUUGUCACGUGUGGCCGAUUUCGACGAUCGGAAGCCGGUCGCCCGUUUAUCAAAUGUAAUGAUUGUGGAGCAAGGCUGGCUGAGGUUAGAUGCACUAAAACUUUAGAUGAAUGGGUUGAUAUGAAGGAUUGGUCUUCCUACAAGUUGCUUGUUUCUCAACAAGCUAUUGGGCCAGAAUUAUCUUUUUCUCCUUCCGUUCACUUGCAGGUAACUCAAUUUAAAUGUGGUGGGGUUGCAAUAGGCCUUAGUUGGGCCAAUGUAAUGGGGGAUCCACAUUCAGCUUCAGAUUUCAUGAUUAAAUGGGGUGACUUCUUUAACAAUUUGAACCUAAAAAUGCCUUACACCAUUCCAAGAUCCAUUCCAACACCCCUUAAUUUGGAAGGACCCGAGAAAGAUCCGGUUACGGUUAAAAGGGUUGAUUCGGUUGGCGAUCAUUGGAUCCUGGCCAACAAUAAAAAAAUGGACUCGUUCUCGUUUCAUAUAACUAACUCCCAAAUGAACAACUUGAAAGAACAUAUUUGGGGUUCGAGUGUUGAAAAUAAUCCAUCGUUUGAAUCUUUAUGCGCGAUAAUUUGGCGUUGUAUUGCUAGAGUUCGAGAAGGAUCUAAACUCACUACUGUGACCGUUUGUCGAUCUGACCCGAAUGGUAGGGGCAAUGAUAUAAUUGGAAAUGACCAAUUGAUAUGCAAGGUUGAUGCCGGAAAUGAUUGUUCUAUUGUUGACACAAAUUUGAAAACUUUGGCUAGGUUACUUGUGGAACAAGGUAUUGAUGAGAGAAAACAAAUUGAGGAGAUAGUUGAUAAAGAUCAAGGUGCGACUGAUUUUUUUGUCUAUGGUGCUAAUUUGACAUUUCUCAACUUAGAAGAUGUCAAUGUUUAUGACUUUGAAUUGAGGAGAAAAAAACCAAUAUUUGUUUACUACACACUUCAAGGUGUUGGAGAUGAAGGUGCUGUUUUGGUGCUUCCUUGGUCAAGAGGUCAUAACAAGAGUGAUAUUGAUGGAAAGUUUGUGACCAUUAUAUUGCCAGAAGAUGAAAUGGUGAAAGUUAAAGAUGAGCUUAAGAUGAAUGGUGUUAUGGUUGAUGGUGAUUUUUAG